AUGCGCCUCUCAUCACCCCUCCCUCUCAAGUCCUUCCUAAAACCCAAAUCCAAAAUGUCAACGUCAAUGUCAAUUUCAAGCACCUCUGCUAUUCCCACACCCAUCCAGCCAAUCUUCUCAUCAACAUACUCCCAAUUCCAAGGAACGCAGGAGCUCUCUACCCUCCUAAAACCGAAUGGGAAAUGGAGGCUGGUUGAGAAUGGGAGGGGGAUUGAGAGGCGUGUACGCUUUAGGGGGUUCAAGAAAUGUUGGGAAUUCAUGGAUACAGUAGCGUCGGAAUGCGUGGUACAGAAACAUCAUCCCGAGUGGUCGAAUGUAUAUAACACAACGUUUAUACGCUGGACGACUCAUUCUCCACCGGGGCUGAGCGAGAAAGAUGUAUUGAUGGCUAGGUAUUGUGAUGAGAUUGCGGGGAAGUGUGGUGAGGUUGAGGAUGUGGGUGUGGAUGUGCUGGAGGAGAGCGAGGUAGGGAGGGAGUUAGUAGAUAGGGUUGGGGUGGAGGCGGGGGAUUGUUGUGUGCCUAAGAAG